AUUGCGCUUUAAUUAGAAUUGGAGAUGGCCGCCUCCGUCGUUGAGAGGACAAUCUUUUGGAAGACGACACUCCAGCCUUUUAGAGCUAUUGUGGUUUCUAUUUGGACCACUCUGUCGCUCCAAAAGUCGCUUAGAGCCAGUUUUGGCACAUAUGCUGCAGUCUUCCUCUUACUCUUAGGUUGCACCCUGCUAGAUGGAACUUUUGUUCAUCAGUUUGGUCUGCUACUGCUACUCACUGCCCUGUGCUAUGCACUGCUAGUUGCUGGGUUGAGGUCUGGUGGCCUGGGACUAGGAGAAUCACUGAGGCUGACCUGCAGGAUGUUUGCAUACAUCUAGCUACACUGGAGUUGUUAGUGCUUGGUCUUGUGACAGGCAUUGUGAGAUUGCGUGCACAGAAGCCAGUGACUUUUUAUGUCGGUGGAAUGUUGUUGGUGUUUUUACUUGGAAGGUUAGGUAUGUGGCUGAGCUUUCAUGCUCUCCUGUGGACUGCAGCUGCCAUGCUACUGGCAAUGCCUGCUGCACUAUCUAGAGGCUGGAUGUCAGAGAGAACACUUGAGAAAGUUCAAGAGACAGCCAAUGACACUGCCGCAAUCGUGCAGGCUUUUAUUGACCGUCACACUCGAAAGUGAUGUACAUGUAUGGCUGGCUUGAACCCACUCUGUGUGCUGAUUUUUGAACAGGAUCAAACACCCAACAUCCACUUUUUGGGCAGUAGAUCUAAUGUGUGUCCGAAUUGCUUGUGCAUAAUUACCGUGGUUUGCAGGGGAAAAACUCCGGAAUGGUACGGUGCGGUUGCUGCUGCGCGCAUGUGCAGUGUGCGCGUACGACGUGCGCGGCCGGCGGCUGGCUAUAUAGCUGCACGUGUACGUACGUGCGUAUAUUUCGGUGCGCAAAAAGAGAAGGGGGCGUGGGGCCGGCCCGGGUGUCCUGUCAGCGUUUCUUCUCCAUGGACAAGGUCAAACAGAGCAGAAGUUUAGAGGACAUUGCUGGACGGUGGAAGGUGCAAGAUGUUCCAGUGGAAACGGGGCUUCUCGUGGACGAUUUAGGGGAGGCAACUGUGGCAGCUAGCCGGGAGCUCAGAGGGUUGGUGUUGGUGUUGGAGGCCCAAGGAGAUGUAUUGUGGGAGGUGGCACCCAUAGCUCAUGAAGAUGUGCCUCUCUUCGAGACCACCUCAGCUUACCUGCACAAGAACAGCUUGACGUUCCUGGGUGGGGGCCAUGGUUGGAGUGUGACAUUUGUGGUCAAAGGUGAGCCAGAGAAAGGGUGGAUGGUUCUGGAAUCAGAGGAAGAAGGUGUUGAGCUUUUGCUCUCACUUGCAAAGGAAAAUUCUGUUGUGGAGUUGGUGGAUGACCAAUUUUCCCUGAGCAGAGCUCUGGAGGAGUCACUUUUCCCUGAUAUUCAUUUUGUGUGCUGUGACGGGAGAAAAGUGGAGGCCCACAGAGCUGUGCUGGCUGCAGCCUAUCCUUCCAUGGAGGAGAAGGACUGGGAGGCUGUGUUCCAGACCCAGCCACGGGGAAAGUGUUGUCGUCUGCUCUCCUGCAUCUACAGUGAUUGUCUUCCUGCCAAUCUGAAGAGGGAGGAAGCUAUGCAGGUGGUUGAGUGGCUUAAGGAGCACCCGUCACUGGAGAGACUGACUUGCUUGGUUACAACUUUCAUCAGAGCAAACGAUAUGAAGCAGAGGCUGACUCGAAUGAUAGAUGACCUACUAACUCUUCUGCAAGAUGCCAAGAAGACAGUAUCCAGUGCAGACGUGUCAGAUCCUGUCACGGUGAAAUACACACUCAAACAACUCAGCAAAGAUGCAGUGUUGGGAGGAGCAAAGGUCUGCCUCCUCUGCCAUAUGUAUGCUAAGAACAAGAGUGGAAUGGGAAAGGCAGAUUGGAAAGUGGUGCUGGAGCAUCUAAGAUUUCGUGUGGUAGGGCUGUUGGACCUGGUGAAGGAAGUGGCGGAGGAGGCUGUAAGGAGGUGGGAGGGUCUUACUCAGGACCAGCAAAUGGAGAUAGCUACGGAGCUCAUCCCUGACAUAGAGCAGGCAUGGGAUAUGUUCCUCAGCUAUGGCAGUACACUGAGCCAGAGUCUCAGAGAAGGGUUGCCCGCUAAGUCAGAGCCUGAGCGAGGAACAACAGUUAGCAUGGUUCUGCAUCUUUUGUCACAUGGCUCUGAACGUAAGAGGCUGCGCAAGAUUCGAAAGGAGUUGCUUGAAUCGGUGGAAAUGGCACAGAGCAAAAGGGAGUGGUGGGAGAGGUGCAGUGAGGAGGAGAAGGCAGGCCAAGUGCUAAAUGUGGUGGGAAAGCUGGUAAAUGAAAUUGAGGACCUGCAAGAAAGCAUGGCGGCACGAAAGAGACACUUACUGUUGGAUAAUGGACUUGAGUGGAAGACAUUCCGUUCGUAUGUGGACAUUGCAUGCACAUACAUGAGUUGGGGCCUGCAGAAGGUACUGGCAUUAAAGGACUCAGUGAAGCAGUUGUUACUCGAUGGACUGCAGUUCGUUGGCAAGUCAGAGGUUAAUGAAGCUGCUUUGUGCUUGGGUCUGCUUGAAGCCGAGGAGUUGGAGUCACUGGUAGAAGAGGAUGGUGGAGAGAAACUUGCUGAGCACCUCUUUUCUCUUGGACUGGCGAGUCCUGUAUUUGCCAUAAUAAUGGUGUAGUUUCAUGAGUAACUGUCAUUCGUAGCCAGGGCCUCGGAGAUCAACUGAGAGUGCCUUGGCUCAAGGCUGUGUAGAGCUGGCUGCCUCCCAGCAGUUUGCUGACAUGGAGUUUGUGCUAGGGGAGACGGUUAUUCCUGCACACAGAGUCAUCAUGGCCUCUCGCUCCAACUGGGUCUGCCAAGCUCUCCAGUCUGGCAUGAGAGAAGCCACAGAGAGGAGGAUCAUGGUAUCUGGUGUUGACGAACAUGCCUUCCACCUCUUAAUCAAGUUCCUCUAUGGUGCCCCCUUGAGUAUCACAGCAAUGAAUACAGAGACAGUUUUUGAGCUAAUGGUAGUGGCUGACAGGUACGACAGUCAAUACUUGGCACAGGCUUGUGAAAGGCAGCUGGUGUCUCGAAUCGAAGAUAGUUCCGUGUUUCAACUGCUGACUGUGGCUGAAACGCUUGGAAAAUCUCUUAGGGAAGCAUGCCUGAAGUACAUUUUGCGGCAACCUAAUGUGAUAGUAGAUGCAGAUGGUUUUAGUUCUCUCACUGAGGAACUGCAGCAGGAGAUCCGAGAACUGCUGGCGGCUCAGAACCCUGCACUAGCUCUCAGGCAUUCCCACCCUGGCCCAGCUGCUGCAGGGUCCAGUAGCAGCAGUCAGGCCAGUAGUGAGGAUGAGGAGGAACUGCAGCCACAGUCUGGAGCUCCAGAGUGGGACGAGGCUCUGGAUAACCUUCGGGGAGUGCUGGGGCCAGAUAUUGAUGAUGACGUUUUAAGUGACCUUUUGCUAAUGGCAGAUAUGGACAUCAAUAGAGCUGUGAACUACUACCUUAAUACAUUGUGACUUUGUUGUGUGUGUGUAUGAUGUGAGAGUGUGCAUGAAUGUUUCAAGUCAAGGUGUGAUAGUGGCAGAGUUACGGAUUAGGUUGAGGAAGGAGGGCCAAGCAGUGCAGUUGGCAACAUCUUCCACCUCAGAAUUGCCCCGUCCACACUCACACUCACUGCAUGGCAGCCAUUAGGAGCUACCUUGACUUUGGUGACCUCUGCACUGUGACCUAUACCAAUGUGGGUCACCUCACCACGGUCGUAGUCCCACACCUUUAUCAACUUGUCUCCACCUCCAGUAAGAAACCUGGUGCCAUGAACAUCCAUGCCAUUGAUGGAGGCUGAUUCACUGCCGUCCAGUUCUCUGAUCUGACUCCCAUCGUGUGUCUCCCAGUAGCCUAUCUGUUGUAUAUACCAGUAUGUUGGUAGCUGAUGACAAGGUCUGUGCUGUUUACCUUCCUGUCAGUGCCUGCAGUCACAAUCUGGCACUCAUCAGGCCGGUAGCACACAGCGUGGAACAUUGUGUUGGCAAAUAUCACUUGGCUACGAACCAGCUUUAUUAGAUCCCAGAUGAUACAGGUACCAUCAGUGCUGGCUGUCACGCACUCUUCGUCAUUGUUCCUCAACUUGAUACAUGUAACAGUUCCAGUGUGCUCCUUGAGAGCAGCCGUCAUGUGCUGUCCUGACUUGUUCACCUCCCACACCCUCACCUGCCCUUCUCCUCCGCCACUUAUCACUGUACGGCUGUCUGACAUACACGCCAGAGCUGUCACUCCCUUGUUGUGGGCAUCACUGAUGGUGUACAUUGGCUUUCCUGACUGGGGGUAGAAAGCCCUGAUCUUGCCAUCAU